GCAAUCAUACUGUAAGACGAGGACUUGAAAUACUUAAAUCUCCAUUCUUCUCCCUCAUUUCUGCAAAGUUAUCGUCCAUGUAUCUUUGUUCUUCUUCUCCUCCAUUCCUUGUUUGCUCAGUGCGUCUGCUGUGUGUCUGUCCGUCCAUGGUUGCAGAAUUUACUGCUAAAUCAUCAUCGAUCUCAUCAUUAUGAUUUGGCAGGGGUUAUGAUCUGUUAGGAGACGUAUAUUGAUAGACCUACCAAAAACAACCACUAACACCAAAAAAAGGCUUGCUGCUAAUCCCAUUUGAAAAAUCUCUUCCAUCUUUCAGCACUUGUUCCCACUUUGAAGCAGCGGCACCCACAUUAGCCGAGUCUCUUAGAUUUAGAGGUACUUAAAUGGGCAACAGUCCCCACCCUAACCCUAUUUAGCAGAUCACAAAACAGCUACUGAUCGUUUAGUAUUUUUCCUUCUUGUUCUUCUUUCAGCAAGGGUUUCAGUAUAAAGUCAUGGGCCGUGGAAAGAUCGAGAUAAAGAGGAUAGAGAACACAACAAACCGCCAGGUGACCUUUUGUAAGCGCAGAAAUGGCUUGCUGAAGAAGGCCUUUGAAUUAUCAGUGCUCUGCGAUGCAGAAGUCGCCGUUGUCGUCUUCUCCAGCCGAGGAAAGCUUUACGAAUAUUCAAGCCUGCAGAGUGUGAAGAAAACUAUUGAAAAAUAUAAGAAGUCUACCGCCGAUAACGGUCAUGGAGGAGCCAUGACGGAGGCCAAUACUCAGUUCUGGCAACAGGAGGCAGCAAAACUGAGACAACAAAUUGACAUCCUGACCAACUCAAAUGGAAAUCUUCUGGGACAAGGAAUAUCUGAUUUCAACCAGAAGGACCUUAAACAACUUGAGUCAAAAAUUGACAAGGCACACAGCAAAGUGCGGAAGAGAAAGGAAGAAAGAUGUGUUGAGGAAAUCGAGAGGCUGCAGAGGAACGAACAAAAGCUACAGGAAGCGAAUCAAUUUUUUCGAUCAAGGAUAAUGGAAAGCCAAUGCAACCAGAACAUGAACAUGAUAGUACACCAUCCUGAAUAUGAUGCAUUGCCAGCUUUUGAUACUCGAAAUUACAUGCAACCUAAUCUUAUGAUUCCUGCUCACCACUUUGCACGUCAGGAGCUAACAGCCCUUCAUCUGGGCUAAAAUGAAAGAAAUGGAUGAAAUCUGAAGGCAAUGGAUGCAAUCUUUUCGUGAAUGUGUGUAAGUCUGGAGUAUAUAUAUAGUCCCUGUAGAGUAUAAUUGAAGAGAUUGCUGAUUACUAGCGAACAUAAGACAAAACUCUAAUUUAUCAACUCUCUUCUGUGAGAGUAUGAUGCAAUACUAAAACAUAUUAUAUUAAUUAAUUUCCCUGCUACCUAUUUAUUUGUUAUAUAUAUAGGGAGAGGAAAACUCAUGUUAUUUGAUAAUACAUGGCAUGCCAAGAGUGCAAGUUGGACGCUAAAAAUUAAAAAAGCCAUUUACAUGUGUUUGCUUAAA